GGAAUCGAGCAUUUGGAUUUUGGAGGGCAUAGAAAAUGCAAAAAAAUUUAUCUAAUCGAAUUUAUAUAGAUUCAAACCAGGUGGUCGCUUUUGCCUCUCCAUUAUCACUUUCAAACAUGAGAAUAUUUGUAAUCAACCAUUGCAUAUCAUUUCAUUAUUUAUAAUUUGCUUUCUCGUCCACGCUCGUCUGCUCCACCAAAACCCAAAAGGCAUUGUCCGUCUUUCGCCUUCUCAUAUAGUCAUCACAAUGCAAACUCCCUCCUUCACCUACACAUCUUCUAGUGCAAGUGUCUGUAUAGAAGCUGAUGGCCAAGAAGUUGACGAAGACUCCCUCUUUCUUUCCCUUGGACCUCCUGGCCAAAGCAUCGCCAAACUCCCGAACUAUCUCCCUUGUUUGAAUGAGAAUAAGCAGCAAAUUGAGCAAAACCCUACUAGUGAAAGUGGUGUAACUGUGGCUCUCCAUAUUGGUCCUCCAACCACUGGAGCCAGCAUUAGCAACCCUAAUCACAUUGGUUCUCUCGUUGAAGGCCAGUACUGGAUUCCUUCCCCCGCACAAAUCCUUGUUGGUCCUACUCAGUUCUCUUGUGCUCUCUGCAACAAAACAUUCAGUAGAUACAACAAUAUGCAGAUGCAUAUGUGGGGGCAUGGAUCACAAUACAGAAAAGGCCCUGAAUCUUUAAGAGGAACAAAACAGGUUUCUUCAAUGUUAAAACUGCCUUGUUAUUGCUGUGCUGAGGGGUGCAAGAACAAUAUUGAGCACUCAAGAUCAAAGCCACUGAAGGACUUCAGAACCCUGCAGACACAUUACAAGCGGAAGCACGGUGAGAAGCCUUUUGGGUGCAGAAAAUGUGGGAAACCUUUUGCAGUCAGAGGAGAUUGGAGGACACAUGAGAAGAACUGUGGUAAGUUUUGGUUGUGUAUUUGUGGAUCUGAUUUUAAGCACAAGAGGACCCUUAAGGACCACGUGCGUGCAUUCGGGGAUGGACAUGCUCCACAUACAGUGAAAGUAAGUGAAGUCGAAGAAGAACAAAAAGAAAAAGAAGAAGAUGGUGAUGGUGAUAACAACAUAGAUCAAGGUGAUAGUGGAGGUGGUCAUGGUCUAGUUUUCUUGUAAUAGUUGGCAUUGACUAUGGUGUUGUCCAUGUGUGCGAGACAAGGGAGGGAGCGGAUGAGGGGACACAGUAUAGUGAAAGCCUAUGCUAGGCAUUUAAUGUUAGAAGUGCUUAUUCAUCUAAUUAAAGAGCCUUUUUGUUUUGUUUCCCAACUUUUUAUUACACAUUUCUUUUGAAACAAAAUUAUUUGAGAGAGGAGAGAGCGAUGAUGACCAUAACUAUGGAAGGUGGUCAAGUAAUUAAGUUCAGUAGAGACUGCGUCUGCAUGUAAGAGCAGACAUGCACAGAUGAGACACAGAUUCUACUGUUCACAGCUCGAUGGAAUUGCCAUGAAUAUUGCGUACGUUCUUUCUCUUUCUCUCUCACAUAAAGAUUCAUACUUUAGAGAGAGGGGGAGAGAUAGGCUCAGUCUCUCUGAGCUUCGACUAGCACUACUAACACUUUGAUCGAGCCUCUUUUGUCAGUGGAAUGAAGAACCGCUGAUAUUUUUACUGGUUUUGGGGUUUCACCCAAAGAGCCUCCCUUUGUUUCCCUUUUCAGAACAAUUACGAACGGAUACUACGACACUAUUUCAGGCCCUCUGUCUGUGUCCUGCCACUUUUAACACUAAUAAUGUGCCAAUGCAUGCAUUAGCUUAUUAGCUAACCCCUCUCUUUUCAUCAUCAUCGUCAACUUCUUCUUUAUUCAUACAUACCCUUUUUCUUCUUCUUAAUUUCUUUUCUUGCUUUUUUUUUUUGUGUGUGUGUGUCUCAGUUAUCCCUUUCUCGUCUCUUUUUAAAUUUCCGCUGCCAUGCAUGCAUGAAUGUUCUGCUACCUACUACUACAGUAUUAGCUCCCAUUACUGUUAAGCCUGUGAUUAAUGGUCAAAAUUAAAGAUACUGUUUCUUUAUAUAAAGAGUAAAAUUCCCAAAAAUUUCGAGGAUUAAUUAUAGACGUGCAUAUGAAGAUCCGGUCAUGUACAACAUCCCUUGAUUGCUUUCCAUCCUCGUAUUCCUAUUUUUAGCUAUGUGAAUCUCAAAAUAGGAUUUGAUCUUAUCUCUCUUGAUUUGAGCUCUCCGAUUACUUGCAGGAAAAACUCCUUCAAUGUUGUACUUUAGAGCAUCAUUAAUGAGAAUCCCAAGCCCCACUUUGGAGCAUUCCACUUUAAUGCCCUGUAGCCGAAACUCUUAGAAAAAAAAUAGGACUCCCCCCCUCCAAAGGUGGAUCUUAAGUCCCAACCUUUUUUUUAAAGAGUUGUUUUUUUUUCUUUUCCAUAAACUAUACUACCUCGUGGUAGCUAUUGAUUUCUUAAAUGGAAUCGUGAGACUAUCUAUU